CAAGCAUGUGUCCUGGCAGCCACUGCGAUGGGGCGCCGCUUAGCCACUUUGCUGGUCAUCGCUGGUGGUCUGGUGGCUGUGUCCUUGCUGAGGCUGAGUUCUGGCAGACUGGCAGGCCUUGGCAGGGAGAGGCCGCCACGCGCAGAUGCAAAUAGCUCAGGCAUGCUGCCCACAGAGCCACCCUUGGCUGUCCACAGCAUGCUGCCCACAGAGCCACCCUUGGCUCUGCAGGCAUGCUGUUUACAGAGCCACCCUUGGUUGUCCACAGAGAGGCAGCCACUGAAAAAGCUGUGACCAAGGCUUCGAGGCAGCACGACUUCAUCUUCUGUGCCAACAUCGUAGGCACUUUGGGCAAUGCCAUCCAAGCGCUUCAGGCCUUCCUAAUCAUCGCGGAUCGACUCCAAGCGAGGGGUUGGCGGGUCCUGGUGCUCUUGCCAGCUGUGGGGCUUCAUGAAUAUGACCGUGAGCCGCUGCCGGAGUAUGCAAACGGCACUGGCUGGGAGGAGCUCUUUGAUUUGACUCCAUUGAAGAAGAUUCUGGAUAUAGAGGAGGUGACGGACACGGUGGCGGAGCGGCGGAGGGUCACCUGCUGGGAGGAAUCCUGUGAGAUCUCGGUGUGGUCGAUGGCACAGGUGCGAGUGCAAGAUCUCCGUGAGGUCCAAGUGCCUCACGUUUGGAUGGGCCCCGGUAAGGAGGAGUGGAUGUUCUCGCAGCUGUAUGACAACCUGGAGUCUUUGGCCGGAUCCACCUACGCAGCCCCCAUCCGGGUCUUCUGGCAGAUGCAGCGCUUCUCGCCCACGCGCUGUGCACCCUUCGUGUACCCAGAGGCUGCGCAGCGGAUCAGUGAGCACUUGCAGCCCAAGCUGGUGGCCUCCGAUUCUGGGAUCCAGAAGCAGUGUGGGCAGUGGAGUGCGUGGGUUGCUUCAACGGUGAAGGAGGUGGACCCGAACCUCAUCAGCAGCAGCGCUCUGGCUCGCGCUGGCCGGACGAAUGCGGCUCGCUUUGCGGAGUUGCCUUCGGACACCACUUUUACCAUCAUCGGCACGAACGUGUCCCAGUCCUUGCAGAACACCGGGAUUCUGAGCGCUUCCAAUGCGCUCAACCUUUCCAGCUUGCGGGCAGUUUUUCAGGACAUUGUCUAUGUCAUUGACCGCGAUGGUUCUGCUGCGUGCACCUGUGGCAUUUUUGCUUUGCACGGCGGUUGUGAUCACGCAACUUUUGCCGAUAGUUUGCAGAUCCGUGCCCGGCCGCCAAAGCUAGACUUGAACCAAUUGCCUGCCACCACCCGGCAAAAGGGUCGGAAGCGGAAAGCUGAACCGCCAACGUCGACGCAGGAGCCGUGUGCCUUCGUCUACGUGAGCCACAUCCUUCGGCGCGACGGCCUGUGGCCCCUGCAAAGCGCCAGUGGCUGGUUCACGCAGCCCAUCCAGGCAGCGAUCGGCCGCGUGGCGGUGGCAAUUGGGGAGCUCUUGGAGGAGCAGCAAAUUUCUUGCGCCAACUUCUACGUGAAGCUUCUGGGCCUCUCCGGGCAGGACUUUGUGGAGUUGGUGGAGCAGGGUGCCAGGGAGGGGAAAGUGGGCUUCGUGGCGAAGAGGCUCAAGAAGCGGAACUGUAAACUUUGCAUGGCAGGAAACAUGGAGAUUCUUCAGCGAGCUUCUUAUGCCCCUCUCUUGGUGGCCGAGCCAGACACUUUCUGGCCGGAUUUGCCUGCCAGCCGUUUGCUGGCACAAGAGAAGCCCGUGGCCUACUUGUAUGGAGAAGUGCUUUCCAAGAGGAGGUGGGAUGCGGAGCUGGAGAAAUACGUGGAGCCCGUGCCCAACAUCACUCUGCGACGCCUGAACUGUUCAACCCCCCAGGUGGGAUGGGUGAUGCGUGUGGAGUGUUCUUUUCUUUUUUGGAGACAUACGGAUGUUGGUUUGUGUUUGUCUGAAGUUAUGUGA